UCGAACUACUGGAAGCCAAAACAAUUCGCAUAAAGGUGGAUGUAAUACGCCGGUAUGCAACACCCUUGUUACGUAAAGGUGACAUGCCCCAUCUUCACGCCACUAUGGAAGCAGUCAUGCCACGCCUACGCAGUACUGAGAGGAAAUUUGCCAAAGACCCGCAACAAGCUGAUGCCUAUUCCUCCGAAAUCCAGAAAUUGGUUCAGUCAGGAGCAAUCAGAAGGCUCAGUUCAGAAGAAAGAGAAGGAGGCUUUGAAUUGAGGCAAUGGGCCAGCAAUAUUCCAGCUGUCAUUAACCAUCUUCCACCUGAAGCAAGAUCGGAUGGGUUUGAACUCUGGCUAGCCCAUGAAAAGACUGAUGUCCAAGAGUCCACAUUGGGCCUUAGCUGGAAUUGCCCAGCAGAUGUCCUGACUUACCGUCACCGGCCCAUGGAUCAUGGGGCUCCAACCAUGAGGAUUAUUUAUAAAGUUUUAGCCAGUCAGUAUGACCCCUUAGGAUAUAUCCUCCCGUAUACUACGAGGGCUAAGGUACUGGUCCAACAACUUUGGAACAAGCAGCACAGCUGGGAUGAUACUAAACUUCCCCAAGCCUUGGUUCAGAGCUGGAAUGAAUGGGAAAGUCAGCUGCAGUUUCUUCACAAAAUCAGUUUCCCAAGAUCAUAUGUACCAGCUUCAGUAGAUCAGACAAGAUCUAUUACAGACCUUCACGUGUUCAGUGAUGCUUCAGAGAGCGCAUAUGGAGCAGUCGCCUACCUGCGCACUGAAGAUCAGCAGGGUAAGAUCCAUCUGUCAUUCGUAUUGGUACGUUCUAGAGUAGCACCUAAAAGAGUCCUGUCAAUACCCCGCUUGGAGCUCUGUGCUGCGGUAAUUGAUGCACAGCUAAAAACCCAGUUGCAGAAGGAGUUAACAUUGCCACUUCGCCACACAGUUCUCUGGACAGACUCAACUACAGUGCUGUCUUGGAUUCAGUCAGAGUCUUGCUAUUUCAAGGUUUUCGUCGGUACUAGAGUGGCUGAAAUCCAUGAGCUUACCAACACCACCGCUUGGCGAUACGUGGAUUCAGCUCAAAAUCCAGCGGACGACCUUACAAGAGGAAAGACUCUAAAAGACCUUGCUAAGCCAAACAGAUGGAGCCAUGGGCCCCCAUUCCUGCUCCUUUCCUCAGAGAACUGGCCAGCAAACCCUACAGAGUGCCCCAAGAUCGACAAGUCUGAGUUCAAGAAAUCUGCAUUCUGUGGAGUUGUAGCUGUAAACAGACAAUUUGGCAGUGAGUACAAGUCCUGGACAGAGCUGGUGAAGGCCAUUGCACAGGAGCUACAUGGGGCAGCUGGAGAGUCAGGAGAACCUACAGCAAACACUUACCAAACAGCCGAGACAUUCAUACUCCAGAAGGUGCAAAGUGAGAGUUUCCAUGAAGAAUUACAACGAUUGAGAUCAGGCAAACCUCUUCAACAUAAUAGCAGCUUAUUUACCUUAACUCCAGAAUAUGACACAUCGACCAAUCUAAUCCGGGUUGGUGGUAGGUAACGACAUGCAGAAACCUUAGAUCCUGCCCUGAAACAUCCAUUCGUACUAGAUUCUAGACAUCCAGCCGUGAAAUUACUUAUUCAAGACUUUGAUGAAAGACUCUGCCAUCCAGGUCCUGAUCGGGUGUUUGCAGAAAUAAGGAGAAAAUUCUGGGUGUCAAGAGGAAGAGCAGCCAUCCACAUCUUACAGCAUGCCUGUACAGAAUGUCAAUGACUCAGAGCCAAACCUAGCUUUCCCAAAAUGGCAGACCUUCCUUUGGCACGCUUACGCCUCUACAAACCAGCUUUUCAUUCCACCGGUAUGGAUUGCUUCGGCCCUUUCCUUGUAAAGAUUGGUCGACGAGUAGAAAAGAGGUGGGGAAUCCUGUACAAGUGUCUUACCACACGAGCCGUACACGUGGACCUGCUGAACAGCUUGGACACAGAUUCAUUUCUGAUGUCGCUACAUAGGUUUAUUGCUCGAAGAGGUUCCCCAGUAGAAUUACUGUCAGACCAAGGAACAAAUUUCCGAGGUGGUGAACGGGAACUGUGCGAAGCAUUCCAGGCCAUGUCACCUGAUCUCCAGCGAAAACUCGCACCACAAAAGAUAGCAUUCCAUUUCAAUCCCCUGCAGCACCACACUUUGGGGGAGUGUGGGAAAGGGAGAUAAGAUCCAUUAAAAUGGCACUAUCUACAACUACUGGGGACCAAACAGUACCAGAGGAGGUACUCAGGACUGUUCUGAUCGAAGUAGAGAACAUCCUUAACUCCAAACCCCUCGGGUAUGUGUCUUGUAAUGUGGCUGAU